CUCUCUUGUUCUGCAGAGCUGGCUCCGCGUGGCUAAGAAGUACCCAUUUCCUAAUUAAGCUGAAGGGAAGAGAAAUCUUCUCUUUGCAGCAGAAAACUCAGUCAAAGCCUUCUCUCACCCCUAGAAGGUUGGCAGCCCAGUCCUGACGCCCUGCUAGGCCGAAAGGGCCCCAUCUCUCUGCCCGGAUGUUUGCUCAGCUCACCAAAAAAGUGGCCAAGAAGAUAAAUGCAGAAGGAGAACUGCUGCCUCUGCUCAGCAUGAACAACUCUAAACGCUUCCGUCCGUUGUGCCUGGUGCGGAGGAAGAGGAAGGGCACCCUAUUCUUUGGACCCCGCUUCCGCCCGACCAACCUCUCCCUCUUAGACGUGCUGGAUUCGGAUCUCCCAGCGCCAGAGUUGAAAAGGGAGGACAAAUUCAGCCUCCAGGACAUAGUGGACGGCAGGUUCAGAGCAGAGGUGGACCUGCCGGACUCAUUGCUUUCAGUGAAAGUGUCGGGGGAAAUCAAGAGAGUCCAGAAAUACUCCCUGGAGGUACAGAUUGUCUUAAUCUCUUCUGAAGACUUGAAGAGGAUGCAGGAUGAGAGGAAACUGAAGAAAAACGAGCCCGAGGAGCUGAAGGAGUUGCGCAGCCUGGGCGAAAACCUGUACGUGGUGACGGAAGUUGUGGAGACCUUAGAGGAAGCCCGUUUGAGCAGCGAGAGCAAGGCUGAGGGCAGCUGCUUUUUGAAGCUCCUUUCCAUCCACAUGAAGGCCUUGUGCAACCAUGAGGAAGUUGUGAACAUCGGGAAAGGCUGCAUCCUGGCCUUCCGGUUGGGACACUUGAUUUUCCGGGACAACUGGAAAAUCCUGCACACGCCCACGAAGGAGAAAACAUUCCCGUCAGAAGUUUUGGAGAAAGGAGACCCCUUCGUCAAAGAUAUGGCCAUUGCUAAGGAUGCCAGAGGUUUUGAGGACCUGCAGCGGGAGGUGAAUGAAGAAAAACAACAUCUGAAAUACCUGGAUCGGCAGUUGAAGGAGACAAUAUUGCAGGCUGUCCAGGACCUCCUGGGGCACAGAGAGGAGAUGCAGAAAGUAGAGGAUGUGCUGGAAGACGCAAUGGAUGGCAAGGGGACGCAGAGGUUGGAAGGUCCCGGAAAUAUCUUUCUCACCACCUUGGAGGAAAACUCGGGCCAGGUUAUGCCCGAGCUGACUGGCACUGUCCUCUACCUUCUGGGAGCACUGCUGGUCCUGAGUGAUACCCAACAGCAGCUGCUCAAGUUGAUCCUGGAAAAGGGGCUGCUGCCCCAGCAGCUCAAGCUGGUGAAGAGCAUUCUGGAGCAGACCUUCCCCAUGAGCCAGGGGGGACACUUCUUCCUGACGCUGGGCCCUGAGGAUGAGGAGCAAUCCUUCACCCUCGCCCUGCUGGAGCAGUACGGUUUGGAGCUGCCCGGGCCCAACUCUUCAUUUCUCUGGAAGCCAGAUGCAUUAGCCUCCCUCUCCGCUCUCUACGGGGCCCUCUCGCUCUUGGAUAGGAGGAAUUAACUCUGGCUCCCAGGGCGGGCCGCCCCACCUGGGGACUCAAAACCAAAUCCUCCAGGAAGUUUGUGGGUUAACCCCACCCAGCCAGCCUUGUGGAAAUCAAAGCUUUCUCAUUUAUACACGAGUGACUCAGACACUAGUGUCCCGGUGGAUCUUUUAUACUUUUUUUUAGCUUCUCCCCUUAGAAGUCAGAGAUCCUAUCUUCUCCCGCUUCAGUACUCAUCUGUAAAAUGGGGAUUAAAACUAUGAGCCCGACGUGGGACAACCUGAUCACCUUGAAACCUCCCCAGUGCUUAGAACAGUACUU